AUGACUAUCUCCAAAGAGAUCGACGUCGAACAAACGAUCUCCAGCUUGUCCAUACGAGACAAAGUUAAAUUUCUCUCUGCUGCCAAUUUCUGGCAUCUAGCAGGACACCCAGAUGCUGGUAUCGGCAGUGUCCGCGUUUCCGACGGGCCGAAUGGUGUGAGGGGUAUCCAGUUCUUCAACCGCACUCAAGCUUCCUGCUUCCCGUGCGCUGCUGGCCUCGCUUCCUCCUUCGAUCUCGACCUCAUCCGCUCUGUCGGCCGUGCGUUGGGGGACGAAGCCCGUCUGCAAGGGGCGCACAUCUUGCUAGGCCCUCCAGUAAACAUGCACCAGAACCCGCUCGGAGGAAGGAGCUUUGAGUGUUUUUCCGAAGAUCCGGUUUCGAGCGGUCUUGCGGGAGCGGCGCAUGUACAAGGAUUGCAGGAACGGGGAGUGGCCGCUUGUCUGAAGCAUUUUGUGGCCAAUGAACAAGAAUAUGAACGAUACUCAGUGGACAGUGUUGUACCUGAGCACGCUUUGCGGGAAGUAUAUCUCGAGCCCUUCCGACUCGUGAUGAAGCAUGCUCCCCCAAAAUGCCUCAUGACGGCACACAACCGGGUGAACGGAACGCACGCGAGCGAGAACGCCAACUUGUUACAAGACAUCCUGCGCAAGGAGUGGAACUGGGACGGCCUGGUUCUCAGCGACUGGACCGGCGUAUACUCGGUCGUGGAGAGUGUGAAAGCAGGCUUGGAUGUAGAAUUCCCAGGACCUGGAGUGAUGAGGGGUCCACCACUGAAUCGGUCGCUGCAAGCAGGGAAACUCACUUCGGAAGACGUGGAUGCCCGGGUCCGGAAUGUGCUCAAGCUGCACAACUAUGCUGUCCGCUCUGGCAUUCCAUUCGAUGCACCAGAAGAAUCAGUGGAUACGCCCGAGCUGCGAGCACUCCUGCGUAAAGCGGCUUCUUCGUCCAUCGUCCUGCUGAAGAACACGAAGUCCGUCUUGCCGCUGGCCCCAAAAUUGGGCCAGAAGAUCGCCGUCAUCGGGCCAAACGCGUUCACUGCCCAGAUCUCGGGCGGAGGCAGUGCCGAAGUGAACGCGUCGUAUCGUGUUUCCCCCCUGCAGGGCAUUUGGGAAGCAGCGGAGGAAGCCGGGGCACAGGUGAAGUACGCGAUGGGUGCGGCUGCAUUUCGGUUUGUGCCGAAUAUCGACAUAUAUAUUGUUCAGAGUAACACACGGCAGUCGUCAAGCUUCAUGCUGAUGGAUGGGAUACCGCUCGACCUCGUUGGACCGAUACCUUACAUCUGUGUCUCGGCUACCUUCACGCCUACCGUCUCUGGCCCAUGGCUCUUCGGCCUCACCUCAGUUGGGGAAGCUAAUCUCUUCCUGAACGGCGAGCUGCUCAUUGAUAACAACAAGGCCUACGUUCCAGGGGAAACUUUUUUUGGCCAAGGUUCCAUGGAAAAGCGCAAUCUAGUCCAGCAUAUGGAGAAAGGGAAGCAGUAUGAGAUCAAAGUUCGCAUGCAUCUGAGUAGCCAAAGGGCGGGACAUGGACCUGUGGCGUUUACUGGUACGCUCAAGUUAGGUGCAAUCCCGUCUCUCGAGGAGUCCACGGCGAUCAUGGAGGCUGUGGAGGUGGCUAAAGCGUGCGACGCCAGCCUUCCGGGAAGCAUCAAUCCCCUUGUUUCCGCCGUGCUGGCCGUGAAUCCUAAUACGGUGGUCGUGAACCAAUCCGGGACACCGGUGUCAAUGCCAUGGCUCGACCAGGCACCAGCCGUUGUACAGGCGUUCUCUGGGGGAAAUGAGCUAGGCCAUGGGCUGGCGGAUGUCCUUUUUGGGAAAGUCAACCCCAGCGGGAAGCUUGCUGUUACGUUCCCGAAGCGGCUGGAAGACUGCAACACAUACGAGUCGUUUGGAAUCACUACCCCCACACCAGGAAAAGUUUAUUACACAGAAGGCAUCUACGUUGGUUACAAACACGUCCUCUGUCGAGACUCUGUUCUCUUUCGGGUAUGGGCUGUCCUACUGCUUCGUUGGCACUUUCGCCCAUCAGCGAAUCGGGUGCCUUCACGGUUUCCUUUACGGGUGACUAACACUGGUGCUGUGUAUGGAGCCGAAGUUGUUCAAGUUUACGUCUCCGAACUCUCGCCCCCAUUACCGGAGGUCCCACGCGAGCUCAAGGGUUUCACUAAAAUAUUCCUCAAGCCCGGGGAGAGUACUAGCGCGCGCGUGAAGCUAGACAGAGAGGCGUUCAGAUACUGGGACGAGAGACACGCGGAGUGGAGAGCCGAGAAGGGGAAGUAUGAGAUUCUGGUCAGGGCAAGCACAAGAGACGUCAGACUUCGGGGAACGGUCGAGUUGGGAAACAGACUGCAGUGGACGGGAAUGUGA